GCGAACGCCGAGAAUGUAAACAAGAGUAACACGUGCGUUUGAUUUCGAGUUGGACAUCAAUUCUACUCUGCAUAUCAUUUUGUUGAUAGUUGUGUUCUGAAAGCUCUUACAGGACUUAAAAGCAUGGGGAAAAACAAGCGGCGCAAAUCCUAUUACAUACAGUCGGCCAAAAGACAGAAGAGAAAGGAUUCUUGCUUAGGCCCUGACAUGAUGGGUUUUCUGUGCAUGUGUAAUGGCCACGAAAGAGAAUGUGUUCAGGAGUCGUACAAUAUUCUCAAUGAGUUUGCAAAUGAGCUUUAUGGAAAGGAAGAGUGGCAAGCACAAAAUACACCCAAGGAAGCAAGCAGUGGCAAUAAAGACAGCAACGAAGGGGAGCAGGAAAAGAGCACAGACACAAAGGAGAAGGAUAGCGAGAGUGAGGAAGAAGACCUUGAUAUUGAUGCUGCUAUUAAGGCUGAUGUCUCAGAGCUUCAGAAAGAUGGAGACAAGAAAGAGAGAUGCCGAAGAAGGUUUCAGCAGGUUGAGUGUGCAGCCAAAAACUGCAUAUUUAUUAACACGACCCUUGAAAACCCACUUGAACUCGCCAUGAAGAUCAUGGACAGCAUCCUUGAGACCCAGAAGCAGCGUACUAAGAAGCUUCUCAGGAUGAUUCCGGUGCAGAAGACGUGCAAGGCAUUCCAGAAGGACAUAGAGGGUGCGCUUGAGACCCUGGCCAAGUCAUACUUUGAGAAGGAGAGCAAGACAUACUGCAUAGUUUCCAAGAUCAGAAACAACAGCUUGAUCAAGCGCGAAGACCUGACCCAAUCUCUCAUUACUGUGCUUCAGGGGGCCAAUUCGGAUAAUGCCCCAGACUUGAAAACUCCUGAUGUUGUUGUAAAUGUAGAUGUGAUUAAGAAUGUCUGCUGCCUUAGUAUUUUGCCAGGUUAUUUUACUCCUUAUUGUAAAUAUAAUUUAGUGGGAAUAGCUAAUAAAAACAAGGAACAGGAAAAAGAACAAGAGAAAAAUGGUACAGAUAAAGUAAAAGAACCAGAGCCAAAGGAUGCUGCAGGAAGUGAAGAGGUUGUUAAAGAUGAAACAAGUGAAAGCAAGAGUCAAGAAAGUAGUGAGAAAGAUGCCAAACCUGAAGGUGAUGAGAUGAAAGAAGCUUGAGGGUGAAAUGGAAGAGAAACCAAAGCUGAAUAAAGGAUUUUUCUGACUGUAAAAUUUUUGUAGAUGUUUAAUUUCUUUCCUAUACCAAUGCAAAUUAGGUAUAUAGCCAAUUCUCAAACAUAAAAAAAAGACUAUAAGUAGUUAACAUUAUAUAAAUAUAAAUUGUAAAUCAUGUAAGAUUGCUAACCUUAUUGAACAAAAGGCUGUAAUGUAUAUAGAAAGACUUACUGAACUACAGGCUUUGUUGUAUACAGAAAAAUAAGAAAUUAUAUGAAGAACAUGAUUCACAAGGCACAUAUGUUGGCAUUUUAAAGUGGGACCACACUACAGUUGAUAUAAAAUAUUUUGUUAAUUAAUACCUCCAGCAUGAUUUUUAUCAAUAUUUCAUAGUUCAUUAUAUAUGGGAAUUAAUGCUAAGUAAGAGGGAGAAAAAAUUAGGGUUGCAUUUUUCUGCCUGGUUAAUGAAACUGAAUACAUCUAGGAAUACUAGCAUGUACAGAAUUUUUAUAGUGAAAAAAAAAAAAAAUUGAUAUUCAUUUCAUUAUAUUCAUAUAUGUUAAAAAUAAUAUCUCUUUACUGUUUUUUUUUUUUUUAAUUUACCAUAACAUUUUAUUGACUGAAUUUAAUGAAGAUGUCUGAUUUCUUAAUAGGGCAGUAAAUGUGAGAAAUGUAAUAUAAGAUCUCCACUUUUGGGAAACUGAUGUUAUUAAUAAAUACUUUAUGUAUCAUUUAAAUAACUGAAAUAAAAAUGUAUUAAAACAG